AUGUUAGCACUUGCCACAGUCCUCCUUGGCUUCGGCCUUUCAGCUCUGGCGCAAAAUAGCACCACCUCAAUCUUUCUUCCAAUCAUUGAAGCUCAGACAUUGGUCGCGUCACUGUCACAACAGAACGGCGACAUAAAAACGCUUGUGAUCAAGUGUCCUGACGGUACAGACUCGACCAAGUGCGGUUUCCCAACGCCUGUCACAGUCACAGCUGGCCCAAGCACGUUAGCGCUCACCACGACUGUGGCCAGCACUAUGAUAGUGGACCUCAAGUGUGGUGUCAAGGGUUCAAGCGAAGCGAGUUGCACCCAGAUCUACACAGGACCUGCAAGCCUGUACACCACAGGCGACAAUAUUGAUGGUUCGAAAACCACGACCUGGACUGCUAGCCAGUCGCUCAGUUCUGGCAAAGUCACGCACCUUCCAGUUACAAUUACUGCUGGCCUGCCCAGCUCGACAUCAAAAGGCAAUGCAGGCGCAGUCCCAACUGCUGGUUUAGGCCAAAUGCUUGCUGCCGGAGUAUUUGCCAAUAUUGGUGCAGUGAUCAUCUAG